UAAUUCCACACAGCCCUAGAAACAGUACAGCCCACUUGGGAAGCUGCAGAAACGGUGACAGAUCUCUGGUGUGUUUUUCCCCUUCUCGGUCUGUCUGAUAUAGACCAGCCACAUGGUUCACAGGAGCUAUUGACUUUCCUUCUUCACUUCACUUGAUUUUCUCCAACAGCUCCUCAUUAACUUCAAUCCUGCAGCAAAUUCCUCCCAUCCUUCCUCAACUGAUACCAUCAAUGUGCUGUUUUAUAAUAGCUGAAUGCUUGUACAACAGUUAAAAUUAGAUCAACGCUUAGGCUACUGACCCAGAGAGAAAUCUGACUUCCAUCUACUUCUGUCAUGUAUCCAUAAGGCACACUGAAAUGUGACAAUUUGAAAUCUUCAUUUAGCGAAAAGUAAAUGCUUAUUUAACACCGCACGCUGAAAUACCCUCCAUUGACUCGAUACCAUGAGUUAAAUCCUCAAUUCAGAUGUUAUGUAGAACGAACAUUGAGUAGAAUCUUCCUCCAUAAUCUGAUUUCUAAACUAUGAGCAGGACUGUAGCAGGUAGCCAAGCUGCCAAUUAAUAGAUUUUCUGAUUGGCUAAUAGAAAUGGCUUAAUACAAUUUAAGCUACAACAAUGGCAUCUACUUGACAACAUGGAAAAUUGCCUAGAUACAUCCCCCUACACAAAAAACAAGAGAAAUCCAACCUGGCCAAUUCCCACCCCAUCAGUCUCUUCUCGACCAUCAGUAAAGUGAUGGAAGGUGUCACUAACCGAGCUAUCGAGCAGCACCUGCUCAGUGACGCCCAGUUUGGGUUCCGCCAGGGCCACUCAGCUCCUGACCUCAUUACAGCCUUGGUUCAAACGUGGACAAAACAGCCGAAUUCCAGAGGUGAGGUGAGAGUGACAGCCCUUGACAUUGAGUCUACAUUUGAUCAAGUAUGACAUUAAGGAACCCCUGGCAAAACUGGAGUCGAUGGGUAUCAAGGGACAAACUCUCUGGUGGUUGGAGUCAUUCCACACACCAAGGAAGAUGGUUGUGCUUGUUGGAGGUCAAUCAUCUUGCCUCCAGGACACCUCUGCAGGAGUUCCUCAGGGUAGUCUCCUCAACCCAAUGACCUUCAGCUACUUUAUUAAUGAGCUUCCCACCACCAUAAGGUCAGAAGUAGAGAUGUUCAACGAUGAUUACACAAUGUUCAACACCAUUCAUGAUUCCUCAGAUACUGAAGGAGUCCCUGUUCAAAUGCAGCAAGAUCUGGACAAUAUCCAGGCUUGGGCUGUCAAGGAGCAAAUGACAUUCACUCCACACAAAUGCCAGGCAAUGACCAUCUCUGUCAAGAAACAAUCUAACCUGUUAUUUCACCUUGGGAACUUACAGCCCAAUGGCCUUAAUAUUGACUUCACCAGCUUCAAAAUCCCUCCACCCCUCCCCCCUUCUACUCCAUCUUAUCCCAUGCCACUCCCUCACCUGACCUGACUGUCCAUCUUCCUACUCACCUACCUUCCACCCUUCCCACUGAUCAAUCACUAUAACCCCUACCUGCAUCUACCUAUUAUCAUCACAACUAGCUUCCCCCACUCCCAGCCCCACCACCCACUCCUAUUUAUUUCUGAGCUCCCCUCCCUAGUCCUGAUGAAGGGUUUCAGCCCAAAACAUUGACUUUCCUGCUCCUCAGAUGCCGUCUGACCGGCUUUGUUUAUCCAGCUCCACAUUUGUUGACUCUGGCUUCCAGCAUCUGUGGCCCUCACUGUUUCUGUGAGAGAUGUGCCUGAAGAACAAGAGGCUUAUUGGGGCGACAGACACAAAGUGGGUUUGAGAUGGCACUGAAUGAUGAGAGAGGCCGAAAAGGACUGGGUGCCCUGAUCCUGAUGUCUUAUUUUGCCGAACUCAGCUUUACUUGGGGGAGAUGAGAUGAACAAAAGAAAUUUCUCUGCCUGGGGAUGGAUGUAACCUGGGCAAUCCCAUUUAAUUUCUGACUCCAAGUGGGAUAUAACUAAUUUUCCAGAUAAAUGCUUCCAAAGGUCUGUGCUGCAAACUGGUGCAUUUAUUUGUUAUUGUCCCGUCUAACCUGUCGACUUUAUUUCUGCUUGUAUUUUUAUCUUGAUCAAACCAAUCAGCACCUCUUCGCCUGAUUGACUGGCCUUAGCAUGUCUGUAGUAAUCAGGUCAUUCAUUCCAGCAUCUCAUUUACUUUCCUCUGACAAUCUCUGUCCAAUUUCAAAAGGCACAAAAGCACAAUGCUCGAUCAAUAGCGCACAUCAAUAUAAAUCUCCAGUUUCUGGCUGAUUCUAUUGAGCCUGAUUCUAUUGUGCCUAAUCCAAUCUUGGCUGUAAAUUUUGCAUUCGGUUUGGCUGUCUUCAUUGAAUGAUGCAUGAUCGCUUUCUUUGUGCCUGAAUGCCUCUUGGGCGGCUGCAACUAAUUCUCUCUUCUCUUUAUUUCAGAUUAUUCAAAGGGAUUUGGUGGCAAAUAUGGUGUUCAAAAAGACCGAAUGGAUAAGAGUGCUGCCUCCUUUGAUGAUGUCGAGCAGCUGGCUCCAGCGUAUCAGAAAACGAAGCCGGUCGAAGCUGCCAGUGCAAGUACGAGCAGCAUCCGUUCCAAGUUUGAGAACAUUGCCAAAGCGAAGGAGGAGGAGGAUAGAAAGAAGGCAGAGGAAGAGAGAGCUCGCCGUCGGGCCAGCGAGAAACUAGAACAGGAGGAAGCCAAGAGGAAACUAGAGGAGCAAGAAUUCACAAAGAAUCGACCCCCUGCAUCCCGGGAGCCCCCUGCAUCCCAGGAACCUGUUUCUCCUCCAUCCCCUGUUAGGGAGCAGCGAUCGCCUAGUCCAGUUUAUGAGGAGCCCCCUGUACAGGAAGAGGCUGUCUAUGAAGCAGAACCUCCCUAUAGUAGUGAUGAGCCACACUACCAAGAGGCAACAUAUGAACAAGAAGCGGUUUAUCAGAUGCCAGAUGAGAGUCAAGGUUACCAAAGAGAAGAGCCCACUUAUGCAGAAUACGGAAAUGAGUAUGGGAUCACAGCUGUAGCAUUGUAUGACUACCAGGCUGGUAAGUGGACAGCUGCAGCUCUCUGCU